AAAGGGCAGUAACAAAUGGGAUCCGAAUAUAUAGGAGACGAUGUGCAAAUGAGUAUGGUAACCACACACGCUCGACAAUUCCGCUGAGCCAUCUCUCCAUUAGCCACAAUCAUAUUCUUUUUAUCCUUUCACUUCUUCUUCCUCGUUCGACUUCCAAUAGUAAAAAAUAAAACCAAGGGCAGGAACAACACUACGGAGUACGAACCAUGUCGAUGUCGGAAUGGGACUUCGCUCACGCCAACGCGGAUCAUAAGUUUUUCCGUCAAAUUAGUCGUGAAAGAAUUUUAAAUGAAAUGCUUAGAUCGUCGGAAACAAAGAGCUCGACUACCCCAUGGAAGAUACUUAUCAUGGACAAAUUCACUCUCAAAGUGAUGUCUUUUUCUUGUAAGAUGGCAGACAUUACAAACCAAGAAAUCUCAUUGGUAGAGGACAUUUUCAAAAGAAGGGAGCCUUUACCUUCAAUGGAUGCUAUAUAUUUCAUCCAACCACUAAAAGAAAAUGUCAUCAUGCUACUAUCUGACAUGUCUGGAAGAUGUCCUUUGUACAGAAAGGCGUAUGUUUUCUUUAGUUCACCUAUACCCAAGGAAUUGAUUGCUUACAUUAAGAAUGACACGAGUCUUUUACCCCGUAUAGGUGCUCUUAGUGAGAUGAACUUGGAGUAUUUUGCUAUUGAUAAUCAGGCGUUCACCACUGACCAUGAGAUGGCUUUUGAAGAAUUAUUUGGAGAAACAGCUCAAAAUUCUCGUAAGUUCAAUGAGUGCUUGACUACGAUGGCUACACGAGUUGCCACAGCAAUUGCUUCUUUGAAGGAACUUCCUUAUGUGCGGUACCAAGUUUCUAAGUCCAUGGAUGAGUCUGACACAAAGAAUAUGCGUGACUUAGUACCCUCAAAGCUUGCUACAGCUGUUUGGGAUAUCCUGUCAAAGUAUAAAUCUUCAGUCCCUGAUUUUCCCCAAAAGGAGACAUGUGAGUUACUCAUUGUGGAUCGGACAAUAGACCAGAUUGCACCUUAUAUACAUGAAUGGACAUAUGAUGCAAUGUGUCAUGAUUUGCUCGAGAUGGAUGGAAACAAAUAUAUAUAUGAGGCACCAGCAAAGCCUGGUGCAACAGCUGAAAAGAAAGAAGCCCUUUUGGAAGAUAAUGACCCCAUAUGGCUUGAACUGCGCUAUGCACAUAUAGCUGAUGCUAGUGAAAGGUUGCAUGAGAAGAUGUCUACAUUUAAGUCAAAGAAUAAGGCUGCACAACACCAAACUUCCAGAGAUGGCGGUGAGAUUUCAACUAAAGAUCUGCAAAAAAUAGUCCAAGCUUUACCACAAUACAACGAGCAAGUUGAAAAGCUUUCUCUUCAUGUUGAGAUUGCAGGAAAAAUCAAUAGGUUGAUUCGAGAAAUGCAUCUUAGAGACAUAGGACAGUUAGAACAAGAUCUUGUCUUUGGAGAUGCAGGGGCAAAGGAAGUGAUUACUCUACUGAGGACAAAGCAGGAUGCCAGUCCUGAAAGUAAAUUAAGAUUAUUGAUGAUUUAUGCAGCCACUUACCCUGAGAAGUUUGAAGGGGACAAUGGGAUCAAGUUGAUGCAGCUGGCAAAAUUAUCACCAGAGGAUAUGAAAGCUGUAAAUAACUUGAUGUACUUCGGAAAAAUAGAUCCCAAAAAGAAAUCUGAUGGAAACUUCUCUCUUAAAUUUGAUGUUCAGAAGAAGAAACAAGCUGCAAGAAAGGAAAAGAGUGGUGAAGAGGAAACCUGGGCAUUGUCACGUUUUUAUCCAGUGGUGGAGGAGCUAAUCGAGAAACUAAACAAAGGUGAGCUACCCAAGGAUGACUUUCCAUAUAUAAAUGAACCAGUUGCUGCUACUCAAGCCACAGCAUCAAAUGGUACACAGCCUGUCCAAUCCAGGAGAUCCAGAAGGACUGCCACAUGGGCAAAAGGUCGGUGCUCUGAUGAUGGCUAUUCAAGUGAUUCUGUACUUCGGAAUGCAUCUGUUGAUUUCAAGAACAUGGGCCAGCGUAUCUUUAUAUUCAUGAUCGGUGGAGCAACUCGAUCUGAGUUACGUGCAGUUCACAAACUUACAACAAAGUUGAGAAGAGAAAUCAUUCUUGGAUGUACUAGUCUCGACGAUCCUCCCAUGUUCAUCACAAGACUCAAGAUGCUUAAAGGACCGGAUCUUCCGUAAAUGGAGAAGCUUCAAAUUCAGCUUGUGAACAAGUGCCUUUUUGUAUCUCAGUACAGAUUUUGCUCUUUUCACAUGGCGAUCAUAUCAGACUUCAAGCCUUACCAAAUGAAUGCCUCUUUUGCUGCAGCCAUCAAAUGGAUUUGCUCUUCCUUUUCUAAAAUAUUUGCUAUUGAGAGGGACAACAUUUACCCUAUCAGCUACUUCAUAUAUGUUACUUCUCUCAUCUUGUAGGACGACACUUUUGAAAUUGUAUACUUCCAUUCACUGAUUUUGUUCAUACACUUCCAUAAAAUUGAUUAAUUCAUUGAAAUACCUUGAGCCUUAUGGUU